CCCAACAUCGGGCGAUUAGGCAUUCCCCACGGGCCUUCUGGGGAGAAGGUGGCGGUGGUGACCGUGGACGACUGUGACACAGCGGUGGCCGUGCGCUUCGGGACCCUCAUCGGCAACUACACCUGCGCGGCACAGGGGACGCAGACCGGCUCGAAGAAAUCUUUGGACCUAACUGGCCCUCUCCUUCUUGGUGGUGUCCCAAACUUGCCUGAAGAUUUCCCGGUGCACAACAGGCAGUUUAUUGGCUGCAUGAGGAACCUCUCUAUCGACAGCAAGCCCAUUGACAUGGCCAGUUUCAUCGCCAAUAAUGGCACUCUGCCAGGCUGCGCUGCACAGAGGAACUACUGCGAAACCAACUGGUGCCAGAACGGGGGCACGUGUGUCAACAAGUGGAACACGUACACCUGCGAGUGCCCCGCGCGCUACGGCGGCAAGAACUGCGAGCAAGCAAUGCCUUCUCCUCAGCGUUUCAGUGGUGAGAGCAUCAUCAUUUGGAGUGACCUUGACAUUACCAUCUCUGUGCCCUGGUACAUCGGGCUGAUGUUCCGAACCCGGAAAGUCAAUGGCAUGUUAAUGCAAGCCAAUGCUGGGGCUGCAUCCAAGAUCAACAUUCAGAUCCUGAACAACUACGUGCAGUUUGAAGUGUACAGUGGCCUGAGCCAGGUUGCUAGUUUGAAGAUGAGCCAGUCACGAGUCAGUGAUGGGGAAUGGCAUCAUUUAUUAAUAGAGCUGAAGAGUGCUAAAGAUGGUAAAGACAUCAAGUACCUCGCUGUCAUGUCCUUGGACUAUGGGAUGUACCAGAGCACUGUGCAGAUUGGAAACCAACUACCUGGACUGAAAAUGAAAAGCAUCAUUGUGGGAGGCAUCUCUGGAGACCAAGUCUCUGCAUAUGGCUGCAUGCAGGGAGUAAGAAUGGGGGAGACAUCUACAAACACAGCUACGCUUAACAUGAAACAGGCUAUCAAGAUCAACGUGAAGGAGGGCUGUGAAGUGGAUAACCCCUGUGAUUCCAACCCGUGUCCCCAGAACAGCUACUGCAGUGAUGACUGGGACAGCUACUCCUGCAUCUGCGACCCAGGGUACUUUGGAAGAGACUGUGUUGAUGUAUGUAACUUGAACCCAUGUGAGCAUGUCUCCACAUGCAUGCACAAACCCAGUUCAUCCCAUGGCUACACCUGUGAAUGUGGACAAAGCUACUAUGGGCAAUACUGCGAGAGCAAGAUCGACUUGCCUUGUCCCAGAGGCUGGUGGGGAAAUCCCAUCUGUGGCCCAUGUAAUUGUGAGACUAGUAAAGGGUUUGAUUCUGACUGCAACAAGACCAAUGGAGAAUGCCGCUGCAAGGCAAAUUACUACCGGCCGCAGAGCAGCGACACGUGCUACCCCUGCGACUGCUUCCCCUCCGGCUCCCACACCACAAAGCUGCUGCAGCAGCCAUCUCACCACAUAAUUUAUAAUGGCUGUCCCAAAGCUUUCGAGGCUGGUAUUUGGUGGCCACAGACCAAGUUUGGUCAGCCAGCUGCUGUGCCAUGUCCUAAGGGGUCUGUAGGAAACGCGGUUCGCCAUUGUAACAUCGAGAAGGGCUGGCUGCCUCCUGAGCUUUUCAACUGCACCACCAGCACUUUUAUUGAUCUAAAAAUCAUGAAUGAGAAGUUACACCACAAUGAGACCAAGCUGGAUGGAGACAAAACCAUACAGGUUGUGAGAGUGUUGCAGAAUGCCACCAAAUAUACAGAAAACUUGUAUGGCAACGAUGUGAGGACAGCUUACCAGAUGAUGAUCCGGGUCCUUCAAUAUGAGAGCCAGCAGCAAGGGUUUGACUUGGCAGCCACGAGGGAUGUGGAAUUCAAUGAGAAUAUUAUCAAAGUGGGUAGUGCUCUCCUGGACGCCAGCAAUAAGGAGCACUGGGAGCAAAUUCAGCGAACAGAGGGUGGCACCGCUCACCUGCUCAGGCACUAUGAGCAAUAUUUCAACAACGUGGCCCGGAACAUGAAGAAAACCUACAUGAGACCUUUUGUCAUUGUUGCCUCUAACAUGAUUAUUGCUGUUGACAUCUUUGACAAGUCUAAUUUCACGGGAGCUAGAAUACCACGAUUUCAUGAGAUUAAAGAAGAUUAUCCAAAAGAUCUGGAGUCAUCUGUUGUCUUCCCUGAUACUUUGUUCAGACCUUCAGACAGGAAAGCAGUGCCGACAAUGAAGCCUUCAAAUCAAAAAUUAUCCUCUAAAGUGAACAGUGUUGCCCUGAGCCCUGGGGGUGCUUUUGCAAAGAGAAGGAAGCGACACCCAGAUGACCCAACCCAUCAUACUGUUGCCAUGGUCAUUAUAUACCGAUCCCUGGGACACCUCCUGCCUGAGAACUAUGAUCCUGACCGAAGGAGCCUGAGGUUGCCCAACCGGCCUAUUAUUAACACACCUGUAGUGAGCACAGCCAUUCACAGCGACGGGGACCUGCCUCCCAACCUGGUGGAGAAGCCCAUCCUAGUGGAGUACACCAUGCUGGAAACAGAGGAGAGAACAAAGCCUGUCUGUGUCUUCUGGAAUCACUCCAUCAUGAUUGGUGGGACAGGUGCCUGGUCCUCCAGAGGAUGUGAGCUGUUUUCCAGAAACCAGAGCCAUGUCGCUUGCCAGUGCAACCACAUCACCAGCUUUGCUGUCCUGAUGGACAUUUCCAAACGAGAGAAUGGGGAGGUGCUUCCUCUGAAGAUCGUCACUUACACGACUGUAUCCAUCUCACUGGUGGCUUUGCUGAUCACCUUCAUACUGCUGGUCCUGAUCCGCACGCUACGUUCCAACUUGCACAGUAUCCACAAGAACCUGGUGGCUGCCCUUUUCUUCUCUGAGCUCGUCUUCCUCAUUGGAAUCAACCAGACUGACAACCCAUUUGUGUGCACAGUGAUUGCCAUCCUCCUGCAUUAUUUCUACAUGAGCACCUUUGCCUGGAUGUUCGUGGAGCAGCUCCACAUCUACCGGAUGCUGACGGAAGUGAGGAACAUCAACUUUGGGCACAUGAGGUUCUACUAUGUCGUGUGUUGGGGCUUUCCUGCCAUCAUAACAGGGCUUGCUGUUGGUCUGGAUCCACAAGGCUACGGGAAUCCUGAUUUCUGCUGGCUGUCUGUUCAUGACACCCUCAUCUGGAGUUUCGCUGGGCCCAUUGUAAUGGUCGUAGUUAUAAACACUGUCAUCUUUAUACUGGCAAUGAAGGCAUCGUGCAGACGAAGGCAGCGUUCCUUUGAAAAAAAUGGAGUCAG